ACUAAGGCAAACAAGACGAUGCUAAUUUGAUUUUUAGCAGAAGAUUUUAAAUAAAAAUAAGCAACUAAGUUAAAUAAGAAGUUUGCCCGUGAGUGAAAAGACUAACCCUAAUAGUAAACGAGUAGACAUCACGACAUACUCCAUCGAUUCAUCGAUUUAUUGGCCCCGAAAUGCAGCAGUCCAGUUCAUCGCAGACGGCAAAUGCGGCUUCUGGCGGGGAUGCACUGCUUCCGUUGCGCGCCUGCAGCACCGCCGGCUGCAAAGUGGCCACUGUGGUUGACAAAACGAAGAGGAAGUGCUCCCAGUUUGUGUCCUCACCGUACAUAAUGCCCAAGCCGUUGGUCGUCAACGGGCACACAUCGAUCUUUCAAGUGGGCGGUGAAAUGGCAAAAAUGGGCGAUAUACCGGCACUUUCACAUGCUACUGGUGGCGAUGGUGGUCAGCCAAUAUACCGGAUAAAGCCUGGAACCCAUGCUCAUGUCUUCAACUAUGUGCUCGUCGACGAGGGAUCCGAUUCACUGGAGAAGGCCAGAUCCGGUGACCAGGAGGCAAUGCGUCUGCUGUUGGAAUCGCAGAGGGAGAGUGCCGUGACCAAAUUGCAAAAGCUAAUAAACAACCAUAGGGGCAUCCCACCGUCCGUCAUAGCUCAUGGCUCGCCAGCGCCAGGAAGGCCUGGGGCAGCCCCCCUUUCAACUCCCGGAGGGACUUCCGCGGUCCCUGGACAUGUCACUACUCCUCAAAUUCACCCGAACUUCUCCAUUGCCAGCGUAGAGGGUGCAGUCCCAUUUGGCCGAGGAGUCGCAGCUCCUUUAGUACCUCCUUUAGCUCAAGUUCCUCCUGCGGCUCCUUCAGCAGGUAGUGGACUACCAAUCGAUUCCGUGGACCGAUUGCAGGCGGAACUCGUGGAGCUAAGACGCACAGUGGCCCGACUGGAGGAGAACAAUCGCCGCUAACUGACCGACUUUUCUUUUUUGACGAAGAUAAUUUUUUAGUUCAACCAAAUACGCUUCAGGCAACUUUAAAGCGCCCUAGACAUACAAAUAAAUAAACUAAGCUUCUGAGCCGUUGUUAUUGCAAAUAAAUUAUGUUUUUGUAAUGGUCA